AUAUUUUACGUUGGAGCUGUCACACGUUUUUUAGAUAAUGUUGGCUUAAAGCGUACGGAGUAUAAAACUUUUGGAACUCAACAUUUCAAUACGUAUGAUAACACAGAAAUGCAACCGCAUACUAAUCAAGAAAACGUACAACAUGAUGGAAAUACAAUGAGUAAGAUAGACGGAAGGAGGAAGAAAUUAGUGUGUAUUGUCAAAGUUGUUGCGGUCAUUACAUUACUCGUGGUAACACUGGUUGUUAUGGCAUAUGUUUUCCUGUCCUCUAAAGCACAAGGCGUCAGUUGUCAUAUCCAUACCAACAUCAGCAAUGGCCAAAUUAUAAGAACGACCGGAUCAAGACAGGGCGACAUCCUCGAAAUUAAAUGUGACAACAACAGUAAACUAAACGGAUCGGGCCCAGUGAUAUGUUUGUCCUCUGGAAUGUGGAGCGCCAUCAUAGACUGUGUUUCUAAAGACUGCGGGCGAUUUCCAUUAAAACAAAAUAUGAAAGCAAAAUCAGGUAUAAAUAGAACCACUGUGGGAUCGAUGAUAUCUUUGUCGUGUAUAGAAGGCUUUAUUUUGUCCGGGAAUAAAUCCAUCAUUUGCCAGACAAAUGAAAUGUGGUCUGAAACAGCUACAUGCAAACCUGUGGAUUGUGGGCCUCCAAAGAAUGUAACUAACUCUAGGCAACUAGACAUUGUGAAAACAACAUAUAAUAACUCAUUUACUGUCGAGUGCAUACGUGGAUAUUCAUUAACUGGCUCUAAAACAGUUACAUGUGAUAAACAUGGACAAUGGGAUGCCUUGCCUGUUUGUGAAAUUGUGUCUUGUGGAAUACCCAAUUUGCCUGCGCACGCAAGUAUAACAAACCUAACAGGAACAACAUUCCAGUCGAACACGUCUAUGAAGUGUGAUGAAGGCUAUCUUUUGCACGGGAAUCCUGUUAUCUGGUGCACGAGUAGUGGAAAGUGGACAGCUUUACCAACAUGCAAACCAUCAGCUACAGAUUGCUAUGAUAUCUACAAGAAUGAUACCGGAAACAAAAGUGGUAUUUACAGUGUUACGUUGUGGAAAUCAAAAGAAGUCAUAGAUGUAUAUUGCGACAUGGAUACGUAUCCUUAUGGAUGGACGGUAUUUCAGAAACGAUUUAAUGGUUCUGUGGACUUUUACCGUAACUUCUCGGAAUACACAAACGGGUUUGGAAAUCUUCAAGGCGAAUUGUGGCUUGGUCUUCGUGCUAUUGAGGAAAUGACAUCACAAUAUAAUAGUGAAUUCAGACUAGGUGUGACAGCUGCUGAUGACUCACAUGUGUAUGAGGUCUUUCAAAACUUCAGCUUAUCGAAAUAUCCAAAGUACACCCUCCAUCUAGGAGCUCAGACAGUUCAACAAAUAUCAAAUGAUUCAUAUGGAUUUUCUCAUGGCAACGGUUCUGACUUCAGCACAUUUGAUCAUGAUGCAAAUAAUGCUCGUCGUAACUGUGGGCAACUGCAACGUGGUGGAUGGUGGUAUGUUGACUGUUCUCGGGUUAACCUGAAUGGCGAGUACCUAACACCACCAGGGGGAACAUCAAUUCACUACCACGGAUGGGCAGGUUUCAUCUAUUAUCCAUGGAAAGGAUUAGCAACACUCAAAUCUUCACAAAUGAUGUUUAGAAAGCAGACUUAAAAUUGUGUAUUUUGAAAUGGCCUGUGAUGGUAUAAAUGUAACUUCUUGAUAUUAAACAAGUAACAUCGAUAAACAUAAACGUUUAAGGGAGCAUUUUUGAAUACCACGUAAUGAAAUUCAAACUGCAUACUUUAUUUUUCGCCUCAUAUGUUCCAGUUUGUAUCAAUCAGUAAUUUAAUACUAACUGCAAGGUAGCUACUUAAGGGUAAAAAAAUGUACAGGUACCCGAGGGUGAGGAAUGAUAUAAAGAAUGAUAUAAUGAUGCGUUUAUUUUAAAGUUUCCAAACGUGCUUUUUAAGUUUAUCAUCAAACCUAAAUGCAUCCCUAUGUACAUUUUGUCCAGAAAAUAGUUUUAUACGAAAACGCUUUAAUUGAUAGACAGUUAAAGUUUCAAUGAUGCACAUCUAGAGAGACAUAAUUCAGUCAACUCUUUGUAAAUUUUCUUAUAAUCAGGACAAUAAUAUUAUUUCUUGAAAAUACUACAUGCAAGUAGUAUUUUUAUUUAUUUUAAGCUGAAUUCAUACAUCAGUUGACUGAAAAUCACACAUUCGCAUUUCAUGAUUUUCCAUGCACACCUAAUAUCAAUCCAGAAGGACUGAAGAAAUUUAAGAAUUAUGCACGAUGUAGUAUCACCUCCCUUGUAUUUAUUUUAAAACGCUUAUCCAAUGCGUAAGGUUUGCACCCUAUACAUAAUUUCGCCAACGCAAAAGCAAAUAUUGGGUCCUUCUAACCAAACUUUGCGUAGCAGGAAGCAGCUUUCGAGCGUUUGUUUAUGUCAUGUGAACCAAAAAUAAAGAUAGCCCUCCAAAACUUGUUUUUGAUUUUAGAUUGAUUUGUUAAUGAAUAAGUGUUUUCAAAAGAACUUUACAAAGGAAAAUAUGAAAACUGUAACAUCUAUAACCAGACAUGUUUCCAGUCCAAUGCUACGUUUCCAUUUCAAUAAACUUGUUUCAUUUGAUCUCUUUCUAGGGAAUAUUUGGAUACAAAAUUACUAUCAAGUCAUUUAGUACUCUAAUAAUAAGCUAUAUUUCCAUGUUUAGAUAUGCAUAAAAUGUUUUAAAAAUACUGUUUGAGAAAAUACUGAAUAAUUUUUAGACUAGAUUAAAACAGGUCAGUUUUUA